AUGCCUCCCAAAGCCGCCGAGAAGAAGCCUAGCACUGGUGGCAAGGCCCCCGCUGGAAAGGCUCCCGCCGAGAAGAAGGAAGCUGGCAAGAAGACUGCCGCCGCUGCCUCCGGUGACAAGAAGAAGCGCGGAAAGACCAGGAAGGAGACCUACUCCUCAUACAUUUACAAGGUUCUCAAGCAAGUUCACCCCGACACCGGUAUCUCGACCCGUGCCAUGUCCAUCCUGAACUCCUUCGUCAAUGACAUCUUCGAGCGUGUCGCUACUGAGGCCUCGAAACUGGCUGCUUACAACAAGAAAUCUACUAUUUCGUCGAGAGAGAUCCAAACUUCCGUUCGGCUUAUCCUCCCUGGUGAAUUGGCUAAGCAUGCCGUAUCGGAAGGCACCAAGGCAGUGACAAAGUACUCUUCUUCUGCCAAAUGA